AUGGUCGCCACUGAAGCCGAAAAGAUCCGCAAGCAAGUCAACUUUUACUUUUCUGACAGCAACUUGCCUUACGACAAGUUUUUGUGGACUCUCCGCGCCAACACACCUGAAGGCUGGAUCCCUUUGGAAACUAUUGCCAGCUUCAAAAAGAUGAAGAUGAUCACCGAAGAUUUCGACACUAUUGUCAAAGCUCUCAAGGAAGUUGAAAGCGAGAUUUACGAAAUUGAUGAGGAGGGUAAGAACAUUAGAAGAAAGUCUGAGGUCGUUCAACAAAACCACGUUGAGCGUUCCAUCUACGUCAAGGGUUUGCCUUUGGUCGAUGCUGAUGCCAAGGAUCCCGUUGCUGAGCUCUUCAAAUUACAAGACAAGGUGGACGAAUUCUUUAGCGAAAAGGGUUACACUGUGCUUUGUGUUAGAAUGAAGAAGAAUGAUGAAAAGCCCAAGAAGUUCAAGGGCUCUUGUUAUAUUGAAUUCUCUUCUCCUGAAGAGGCCAAGAAGGUCGCUGAGGAGGCCACUGUUGAAUUUGAUGGCAAUAAGCUCGAAAUUUUGUACAAACCCCGUUAUCACGAACUCAAGGCAGAGCAAUACAAGGAUUCUCCUUUUAGAAAGAACAACAAGAGCUUCAAUGCUUUCAAGCCCAACGCUCAAUUCACUUCCAACAAGAGAAAGAACCAAGGCGGUUUCGACAAAAACACCAAAAAGACAAAGACUGAGGAGGAAGAGAAGAAGGAGACAAAGCCAGUUGCCGCUGAAGCUGCUCCUGCUGUCGCUGAGGAAGAAGCCAAGAAGGAAGAGUAA